AUGUUGGCGAACAAGCUUGGCACCUGCAUGUCCCCCCGUGCGGUGCCCAUCGACCUCGCCACCCAAUAUCUGGGUUGCUGGGAAGACCGGUCGCUUAACGGUGCUGAAGAUGUGCUUACCAAUCCAGACUGGGACAUGGGCCCUUUUGCUUCUGUGCAUGUCGACCCUGCUCGAUACCAGGACGGGGUCAGCCAUUAUAUGGGCAUUGUUGGUGAUGAUGUUUUGGCUUUUCUCGUGGAUUUUUCUCGUUUACCUGUGGAUAAAGAUGAGUCUCUGACUGCGGAGGGUGCUGCUGUCUCCGCACUCGUGCUACGCGAUGGGGGCCACGUCACGGCACGAUCGGGUCUGCUGUGGGUGGCCCACCUGUCGCUUAUUUUUGGUUUUACUGCUCCUUCCUCUCGGUUAGCUGUUCCUGCACCAAAAGAGCUAUGCUGCGCCCCGACAGACCAUGACUCGUUGGGGUUCCCGAUUGGUAGUGACGCAACCCAUCACUGGGCGAAGGCCUCGCAAUAG